AUGAACCUGAAUGUUUUCCAGACCACAACAACGCCACCCGCUCCAACUGAGGCAGCAAACCAUCAAGCAGCCAUCACGCAAGCACUCGCAGCUACUCUCAAGCACUCGCAGCUAUUCUCAAGCUCGCGCGGUUAUUCUCAGGCACUGCAAGCAGCGCAGAAAAUCAUGCCGCACGCAACAGGAAUGGAACCAUCGGCGCCACCGGUGCCAACUGACCUUGGCCAGACCCAGCCCGUCUCACAUCCAUUUGUCUUCAGACCUCUCUCCAUAGUCUACAACCUUGGUCGAAAGGCGGUAAGCAACUAUCUAUCUCUCGCACCCAAGGCCUACCGCGAUGUCGUCGGCGGACCUCGUAUUGCCGUCAUCGGCGCCGGCCUCACUGGAGUUACCGCAGCCGCGUACCUCCUCGGCUACGGCUUCAACGUUGUCAUCUUCGAGCAGAGCCCGAAGGCCAACAUGGGCGGCAUUUGGACUAGAAGCAUCGGUCUCGACCGGCUGCGCGAGCAGCUGGCGGACGAAAGCCUCCGGCCGCCGCCCAUGAUGCCGCCGCCAGAGUCGCGCGGCCACGUCGAGCUCAUCGGGCCCGGCGAGACCCGCGAGCUGGCCACGCGCGUCGGGUCGAGGGCCUGGCGCGCCCUCCGCGGCACGACCGACGCGCCUCCUAGGGCCCCUCCCAGCUCUCCCAUCAUUUGCGGUUACAAGCACGAAAUAACCCACGAGAAGGCGACCCAGGUCUCGCUGGGCCUGUUCCAGGGCUUGUCUGUCACUAGAGGGGAGCGGCAGCAGCAGCUCAACCCGCAGCAAGGCGGUACUGUGAUGGGCAGCCAGGCCUUCGGCGGAGUCGGCUGUGCAAUGCUGCAGCCUUACUCGGACAUGAACGCGUCCGCUCCAACCGGAGUGGCCGUCGCUGCUGAGUGCCAGCAGCAAGUCUGCGAGCGACAGCAGGAGGAUACAGUCACUUUUCACGCGUGGAGCGUUGGGAAUUCGGAAGGCAUGUUUUGUAUCUCUUUUUCAUGA